CAUGAUUCUAUGACCCACACUACAACCUUUUCACAGCUCAGGGGGAUGGGAGGCAGCGAUCAACAACCAUCGCAGGGGCACUUCGAGCGCAAGACGUCUUUUUCGGCGCAGGCAGGCCGGAGGACAAUGUCGCAGCUGAAGAACGAAGGUGCCCUUUGUAUUUUGCCAGAGUACCGCAGGGACCAUCCCCCACCCCACCGCUCCGGUGCCCAUCGGACUGUCCGCCCGCCCCGGCGCGGUUUCAGGUGCGGAGAAGGCCCGCAGCUCCCUUGAAGGCGGUGCCGCCCGAGCUCUCCGAGGUUUCGCUGCCUUCCACCUGCCAGCCGAGCGCCAGCGACCCGCUGCGCAGCAACCGCCGCACCCGCCGCGCACGGGCCGGGGCGGAUGGAGCGGCUGCGGGCGGGGGCGGCCGCGCUGGACGAGUACGCGGAAUAUCGCCGCAUUGUAGGUGAUGAUGAUGGAGGAAAGCUCUUUACCCCUGAGGAGUACGAGGAGUACAAAAGAAAAGUGUUACCAAUUCGGUUACAGAACAGGUUGUAUGUGAGCUGGAGGUCACCAACUGGCAUGGACUGUAAGCUUGUGGGACCAGAGACACUGUGCUUUUGUACUCACCGGUAUAAAGAACACAAAACGGAUUACGAAGUGAUUCCCAAAGAUCGUCCUAUUUGUGUGCCCUGUAGAGUGAGCUGUUGCCCGUGCCACUCCUAUCACUAUGUCCCUCUAAAUGGCACACAGCCCAUCCGUUGUAGAUGCAAACACUUUGCGGAGCAGCACUGUGCAGCACCUGGAUUUGCAUGUAACGCCUGUUCCAAGUGUUCGGGCUUUCAUAGUUGCUUUACCUGUGCAUGUGGUCAGCCAGCAUACGCUCAUGAAACAGUCGUGGAAACUAAGCAAGAGCGCUUAGCGCAAGGAAAGCCUGUGGGGCAGGAUGUUUCUUAUGCUGCUAUGGGAGGACUGACUGGUUUUAGUUCACUGGCAGAAGGCUACAUGAGACUCGAUGACAGUGGAAUAGGGGCUCCUUCUGCCGAACUUUUAGAAUCCCCUGUUACCAGCAUGGAUCAUCCAUUUCUAAAAGCAUUUCAUGGACCUUCUAGUUCUGCUCAAGCCAUCUCACAGACUGCAGGUGGUUCUAGUGCCACAAGACAAAUUUCUCAUGGAAAGCACUCAGAAGAUGAUGACAUGGCUUACUUUGAAAGACGAUAUCAAGAACGGCAGAAAAAGGAGAAGGCUGCUAGACCGAAAGUGAAAAAUCCAGUGCCGUCAAAGAAGCCAUGAGAUUAAUAAAUAAACACUACUAUAUGGCACAGUGUUAAUUGUUGUGUUGAAGAGUAUUUUUCACUGUGCCUACCUGCAUACUUUUGUUUCUUCAUUUCUUUAUGCUGCUGGUUAGGUCUAUAGCUGAAAUUAAUUUUUAAUUUUCUUGUUAUAAUAAAAUUGGUACUUUAAUUAAUGCAUUUAUAAUCGCUAGAAUUGUUACAUAGAUAUGUAUUCCUUUUAGAAUGGAAAAUAGUAUUUAGAGAUUUACAGAGCUGUUAUUUAAGAUCUGAGAGAAUAAGCGUGUAUUUAAGUAUUACAUUGUAGUAGGGCAAAGAAAAUACAUCUCCUAUUCUUAGAUUUUUAUGACGCACUUUCUUUAUUUGUAGAGUCCUUAGAACUAAUCUUGUUCAUGGAUUUUUACUUGGUGGGAUUUGUUCUGUUAAUACUGACAUUUUAAUCUUUUCUUUAAAUCUUUUUUUUUUCCUGUUGGUUUCAUCAUUUUUAUAUAAAAUUCAAACAUACCCUUCUUCUCUCACACUUCUCUAGACUCUGUAUGUGCCAGUGUAUAAACAUUUUUUACGUAGAAAGUCCUGUAUGCAUGUAAACUCAUUUCCACACAUACCUCCUAGCUACUUGAAGGGAUCCUGCCUGUAUACUUCAUUCCAGAUUUCUCUAGUGGUACCAUUCUCCCAAUUCUGUUUGUUUGAAACUGUCCAUAACAAUGACUCUCUUACACUAAAAUUCUGAAAACAUUAAGUGGAAAUGGAUAUGCUCUUUAUUGUGUAUAAACAAAUAAUUACAUAGGGUUUGAUAUAAACUUAUUUAUCCAACAGAUACUCUUUCAUCACAUCUGAUCUAGUGGGAUGUGUCCCUGCCCAUGGCAGGGGAGUUGGAAAGAGAUGAUCUUUAAAGUCCCUUCCAACCCAAACUAUUCUAUGAUUCCAUGAUUCUGUGGUUCUAUGAUUCUAUGUCUAAUCCAACAUAGACCGAGUCCCUCAAGGGAGAUAUGCUUUUGUAUUCUUUGUCCAUAUUCACAGCUGUCUCAGCGUGUGUUGUAUUAAAGGCAGGAGCAGGAGAAUUUAAUAUUCAGUAACUUUGAGGGAUGGUUUAAAUCUGUGAAGCAGCACAGCAAGGACUUGGUGCAGAAUAACUGGCAGAGGCUGCAGUUUAGGAGGCAAAAGCAGAGUUAACUUUGUUAGUUUUCUUUGAAAACAGAGAGGUGUAAGUCAGUUUGUCUUUACAAAUACUUGAAGAUGUUUCUUGGGCUGAAGACUUUUCAGGAGGUAUGUGUGUACUGAGACUUCAUAGCAGGAGUUGGGAAGAGCUUGUAAAGCUCUCAUUCCCGUCAAAGAGAAUGCUUCUAUGUGCCUGCUGCCUUUAUGUGCUUGAUCAGCAGAGGAAGAGAGGUGAUGCUGAAUGCAUUUUUCUUCAGCUGUGAAAGGGAAGGAGAGUCCUUGGAGGUGCAUGCAGGUUGUACAGCGACUGAUGGAGGUGGCUGGAAUCUCUGUGAGAAGGAAAUGUAAGGCUAAAUUGCCCAAAUUAAAAGAUUAAAAAAGGCCAUUUACCUUAAGUCCAAGCUGUACUGCUAUUACUACAGAUGCCAAUCAGAGAAGUUAAUCUGUUAUGUUAAUUUAAAUAAGUAAUAUAUUGAAAUGUCUAGGUAAUGUUUUAAAAGUACAUUUACCUUUAAAUUCUACUCUCUAACAUACUGCUUUUAACUUAUUCAAGAAAUAUAUUAAUUUGAGCUCCCUCUUCUGGUCCUCAUAAGCAAUCACUUCUAUAGAUCCUCAGUGUCAUAAGCAAAGGUGGAUUUCACAAUAGAAUUACAAGAAACAAACAAAUCAAAAUAAUACUGGUAAAAAAAAGUGUGAAUAAAAAUAUUGAAAAAUAUUUUUGUUUCAGUCUUCAGAGAGAUUAUUAUAAGCUUAAUAGCAGACAUUUAUUCUACUUCUCUUAUUUAUACCCAUGGCUAUACUCAUUACAGAAUGCAGUUCUAGAAAUCUGUGUGUGUAUUUUGGAGAUGAAGUUUCUCACAGCAAAAUAUUGUUAUAGACAGAGGUUUUAAUAAUUGCAAAAAGCUUGUAUUUUGUGUUUCUUUUUAUACUUAUAACUUUUUACUUUUAGGAAAUAACGUAUUGUGCUUUUAUUUACCUUUUCAGUUAAAAAGACUUGUCAGUCUUACUAAAUCAUACUUUCAUCAUCAUGAAUUGGUUUUAUCAAAGUGAGUUUUAAAACAUUUAUUCUGUGCUUAAACUUAUUUAAAAUUUCCACUUAAAUAAUGCUAAAAAGUCAUUACGUUUAUUUAAUGAUAUUUCUUUUUAGUUGGAAAACAGAUGAGAUCAUAAAAAUAUCAACUAUUUUAAAUACUGCUUAGGGGUUCUGACCACUUUCCACUCAUGUUGAUGAUGCCCAAGUUAAAGAAACUCGCUUUCCUUACUAGGAGGCAUACUUUUGACUUCUUGGUACUGGUCUAGUACUUAUCUUGCAGCAUUUUUAUUCAUAUAUAUACAUGAAAAAAACAGCUACAAUAUAUUUCAUAAUGCUGAUGUCUGUGGAAGCUGGGCAUUGAUGUCAUGUCUUGACUGAAAUUUUCACUUAACUGGAAUUACUCUUACUUUUGUAGGAGCAAAAUCACAAUCUCCAAUUCUAUUGAAAAGUUUCUUCUUUGUAAAGGUAAACGUUUUGUAAAGGUAAAGGCAGAGACCAAAUGCUAGUGUGUUUGCCAUUUACAGUGAUCAUUAAAUAAAGAGCUCAGUUUAAUGUGUAUCUUUUGAUGGUUUGUUUUCCCGAGAGCAGUCAUGAACCUUGAACAUAAUAUCAUGGCACAGGUAAGUUAUCGGUUCAUUGGUAUGAUUUAUUUGUGGGUGUGUAUCUGUCAUUCACCUAGACACAUUAACUGUUCCUGACUCUAAUCCAAGGAAUCUGGCACGGGAGGAAUGGUUUCUUGUCAUACGAGUGCUUUGAGCUGGCAAAGCCUAAUUGUGUAGGUCUUAGGCAAUGCUUAAGAACUUCUCAUUUUUUUUAAAUGGCUGACUUUCAAAUCAGUAUUUUCAUAUUAUUAUAACACUCUUACAGUGUAGAACAUCCUUUUUUUUGACUACUUUUAAUUAUCCUCUGAAAGGGCUUAGGUGUGCCUUGGUUAAUUACAAUAGUAGAGACUGGUCAGUGAUCCAAGUGAAGGGCAAAGGGCUCCUUCCACUUCUGCACCACUCUGAUACUAAAUAUAGAACGCGUAUGUCUGUCUCAGGUUUGGGAAGCAGGGGAAUGUGAUGUGUGAAUUCACAGCCAGGAACGGCAUCCAUGCACAACUACUUUGUCAAGUUGUCAGUGUCUUUACAGCAUGUUAUGCAUAUUAAACGAUUUGUGGGUCUCAUAUCU